AUGGCCACCCAAGGAAAGAAAUGCAAACCAUACAAGAAGGACAAGGGGAAAAAUAAGGUACCUCCCCAAGGCGAAAUAAAGAAAGAUUCCAUCAAGUAUUUUUUCUGCAAAGAGAAGGGACAUGCAAAAAAGGAAUGUGCCAAGUUCAAGAAAUGGAUGGACGACAAAGUUGCACAUGGAGUCAUUCAAGGCUAUACUCAUCUUGAUGAGUUUCAUUCUGAUCUUGUAUCCGAUUUCCCUAGACCAAAGUAUUACGGCAAAGGUUUGCAGAUGAUGAUGAUGAUCAUUAAUAUGGAUAACGAGGAAAAUUUAGAAGGGAUGAUGGGGGAGUGGUUGGAGUAUGUUGAAACUAAUUUGUCAAGUUCUGAUGGAGAAGAACAAGCGAAGGAAAGGAAAAAAGAGAACGUACGAAAGAAGAGGAAUGAUCGACAAAAUCAAGAUAAGGAAAACGACAAAGAGACCGAGAAAGAGGAUAAUGAAAAAGAAAAGGAGAUAGAGGUUGAACGACAAGAAAAGAAGCAAAGGGUUGGAAAGAAAACAUCGAGCGUGUGGGAUCAUUACAUUAUGUUGCCUGAUUGGAUUCCUAAGAAGCCAAGAGCUGCUUGCAAUUAUUGUGGCACCGAUUAUGCGGCUGAUACAAAGUUGAAUGGGACUAGCACACUAUGGGCACAUGUGGAGAGAAAAUGUAAGAAGUGUCCUUUCAGUGACUGGGUUGAGCAAAGUAAGAAGCAACAAUCAACUAUGGAUAGAUUUACUAAAAAGACAACAACCUGCAAUAAAGAAGAAGUUGCUUCAAGUGGGCUGCCGCUAAGGUUUAAUCAAAAUGCUGUUAGGAAAGUGAUCGCCGAAUAUAUCAUUAUGGAUGAGUUAUCCUUUAGGCAUGUGGACGGAAAAGGAUUUCAAAAGCUCAUUAAACAUUUCUUUCCCACAUUUCAGUUCCCAUCAAGAUUUACUGUUGCGAGAGAUAUUUACAAUGCGUUUCUAGAUCAGAAGAAAGAGUUGAAGUCGAUUUUGGUGAAGCACAGAGUGUCGUUGACCACUGAUUGUUGGACAUCAAUCCAGAAUAUUAGUUAUUUGUGUUUGACUGCACAUUGGGUUGAUGAUAAUUGGAAAAUGCAGAAGAGAAUUAUCAACUUUAUCCAAGUUCCUAGCCAUAAAGGGGACUUGGUGGGGAAAGAGUUGAUAAAUUGUCUUAAUGAGUGGGGUAUCUCCUCAGUGUUUGCAAUGACGGUUGACAAUGCCUCCUCAAAUGACGUUGCUCUUAGAAAAUUGAAGGGGCACUUGUUGGACAAAGACAAUACCAUUCCAUUGAAUGGCGAAAUGUUUCAUAUGAGGUGUUCAGCUCAUAUUUUGAAUUUGAUAGUAACUGAUGGGUUGAAAGAGUUGAAUGAUGCAAUUUCAAGCAUUCGAAAUGCGGUGAGAUAUGUCCGGUCAUCUCCAGCUAGACUGAAAAGAUUUAAAGAAAGUUGCAAGGAUGCAAACAAUGAAUCAAAAGCCUUGUUAUGCUUGGAUGUGGUUACUAGGUGGAACUCCACCUACUUGAUGUUAGAAUCUGCUAUAAAAUUCAAGAAGGCUUUUGAGAAUUUGGAAGCAGAUGCGAACUACACAAAGUACUUUGAUGAAGAAAGAAUGGAUGGCCCACCAACCAACCUAGACUGGGAAAAAGCAGUUGUAUUUGUCAAAUUUUUGAGGAGAUUCUAUGAUCUUACUAAUCGAUUUAGUGGGUCAUUAUAUGUCACAUCCAAUCUAUUCCUUCCAGAUAUUUUGAAGGUUCAAGCUGAUUUAACUACUAUGGCUUCUAAUCCUGAUACUUUGUUAGGGGCUAUGGCAGUUAGUAUGAAACGAAAGUAUGAUAAGUACUGGGGAAGGAUUGAGAAGCUGAAUAUGUUGACAUUUAUUGCCAAUAUCCUUGAUCCAAGGUAUAAAUUAGAGGUUGUGAAUCGUGGUUUCAAAUUUGUGUACACUUCAAGUGAGGCUGAAAAAAUGAUAAAGUUGGUGACAAAUACUUUGGCACAGCUAUAUGCUUUUUAUAAACAACAACAACCAUCUCAGUCAUCUCAAGCUCAACCAUCUCAAUCUCAGUCUCAGCCAUCUCAGCAUGUUAUCAAUUCCACUAUAGAAUCAUUUCUUGAAGGGCAACUACAACUUAGUGAUGACAUUGAAGAAGAUGAUCUUGAAUACUACUUGAGUGAUCGUCGUGAGAAACUUGAUCCUACCUUUGAUAUUCUACGAUGGUGGAAACAGAAUGGAUUCAAGUAUCCAAUAGUUGCGCGCAUGGCAAAAGAUGUAUUGGCUGUUCAGAUGUCUACAGUAGCAUCUGAAUCAGCUUUUUCUACUGGGGGAAGAAUCCUAGAUUCAUUUAGGAGUUCCUUAUCCCCGAGAAUGGUGGAGGCUUUGAUUUGUUCUAAAAAUUGGUAUACUUGUGAGUCUGAAGAGCCUGUUGUGCUUCGACAAUACAUGGAUGAGAUUGAUGGUUUAGAGGCAUAUGAACAAGUUUUUCCAGGUGAUGGCUCGUGUAUUACCUAUGUACCUGAGAAUCUUGGCAGUGGGUCUCGGAGUGGGACUGAUAGGAACAAUUGAAAUCUCAAGGAGCAGGUGGUCAUGGUUGCUUGAUGCAGGCCAUAAAAUGAAUGAAUGCUGGAUUUUGGAUUGGACUUUGUUUUCUAUCUAUUCUUUUGAAAUUUGAACUUGAUUUGUGUUGUUGUAGUCGAUUAGACUUAGAUUUAAUUUGUGUUGUAAUGGACUAUGGACUAUGGACUUUGGACUUUAAGUUUAAACUUUAAUCAUGUGUUGAAAUUUGUGGUUGUAGUCUUUUGGUUUUAAAUUUUAAUUGAGUUGUGUCUUGGAUUGAACUAAUAGAUAUUGGAGUAUUAGACUUUUGAUGA